AAAAAAGCAUCACCCAUGAGCAUGACCCAUGGCUCACCGCUCAACACUUCGGUAAAGCCAGCCCAGAGCCACCGCACUGAACCUCCUUUGGCCAUGUGUUCCCUUGGUGAGCUCGCCCUAGUUCCCCAGCCAGGAACAAGUGUGGCGGCGUCGAUGGAAUGCGCAAACUGGACCACCGCCGACGCCGGCGCCGGCGCCAGCGCCGAAGGGAAUCGACCGAAGGAAAGUGAGUUCAGAGAACAAAUUGUCAAACUUGCUGGGAUUGCUUGCCAUGAAGACGAGGAAAAAUCACGGAUAGAGCUACUGGAGAAGCUCAAAGGAUGUAACAAGAUUGGGCUAAUUGAACUGUGUCGUUAUUUUGAUAUCCGUGGAUCAACAUCCACUAGGAAGGACGAUAUAGUGACAAUACUGAUGGAGUUUUUGAUGGAACACGGUUCUCGUAUUGACUGCGCAGAGCCGGAUAAGAAGCUUAGGAAAAGAAAGCGCAACAGGGAUGGUGCGGAUCUAUCUGGUGGCGACCCUUCAAAAAAAAGGAAACCUGAUGGAACUGUACUGGAAACUCAUGGUGAAGAGGAAGCAGCUGGGAAAAAGUGUGUGAAGGAUAGAGCAAACUGUUCCGAUUUUCACUUGAGGGGUAACAGAAAUGUAUGUACUGAUAACAAGACAGGACAGUUUUCGAAGGGAAAAGCCAAACCUGACCAGUUUGAAGGGGUAAAUGGCUCCAUGAUGGAGAAAUUAGCUGUGGUUCCUCUCCCAGGACUGCCAAUCCAUACACAUGAACAAAUACUAGUUACAACACCAUGUGCAAAGUUUGUUAGUAAUGUUGAGAAUAAUAGCAUGGACAUGAAGGCUUCAACAAAGAAAACUAUUUCCGUUUCCAAGAAAAAGGCAACCCAUAUGACAGAUCGCAACGAGAAAUUUUGUGAUAACAAUUCGUCUAGAGGAGAUGUGAAACCUCGAAAACAGGCAGUGAGACCAACUAAGGAUGAGCUGAGACAAGCAGUCUUCUGCAUCUUGGAUACUGCGAAUUUUGCCACGAUGACUUUUGGAGAAGUUGUAAAAGCAGUUGACAAAUACUUCGGCAAGGAUUUAUUCGAGAGAAAGCCACUGAUAAGGGCCUUGAUAGAGGAGGAGCUCUUUAGGCUAGCAGAGGAGGCUGAGAAGAAGGAACUGGAAGAGGAGGAAGCAAUGGGAACAAAGGCUAGAGCUGAACAAGCUGCCAAGGCGAGCAUAAAAGAUGUAAGAGUGGGAUCAGAUAUAGUAAAGGAAAAUGGACUUCAAGCUGGUCAAAAUGGUAAAUCUAAGUAUGCUGAAAAGAGUUACAGAAGCGAUAACAAUAUUGAAAAAGGCGCUGGAAAUGGGACUUCUGUGAAGGCUGUCGAUAACAGAAGUAGCGAUGAUGCUGCUGAAAGUUCACAAGAUGGCAAAGGUGAAGUUGAGACAGAGAAUGAAACUAACUGUGAUGGAUUUGCCAAGGAUGGCGAGGCUGGAAACAUUGUGCAGAAUGCAAAUGGAGAUGAUGGUGUAGAAAUCUCCAAAGAUGGCAAAGUUGGAAGCAUUGUGCAGAAUGCAAAUGGAGAUGGUGGUGUAGAAAUCUCCAAAGAUGGCAAAGCUGGAAGCAUUGUGCAGAAUGCAAAUGGAGAUGAUGGUGUAGAAAUAUCCAAAGAUGGCAAAACUGGAGACAUUGUGCAGAAUGCAAAUGGAGAUGAUGGUGUAGAAAUCUUGCAAGAUGGCAAAGCUGAAGCUGACAGAAAGAAUGAAAAUAACAGUGAUGGUUUUACCAAGGAUGGUGAGGCUGUAAACAUUGUGCAGAAUGCAAACGGAGAUGAUGGUGUAGAAAUCUUCAAAGAUGGUAAAGCUGAAACUGCAAAGAACUGCAGCGGUAACACCAUGGGAGGCUCUGAAGAUCUGAAAGCUGGAGAAGACGAGGGCACUAAAGAUGGCAGAGCUGAAGAAUGCAGAAGUGGAAAUGAUGCUAAUAGUGCAGAAAAAGUUGGUGACUGUGGACCUGAAGAGUCUAACCAAAUGGCUGGGCAUGUGAACUGUUCAGAAGAUGGCAAAUCCCAGGAAGCGGGUGACAAUGUGAAGGGUCAAAAUAUCCCAUCCUGUGGUGCUGAAUGUGGCAACGCAAACGAGACCACGGAAAAUGCAAGUACUGGACAAAGCCGAAUAGGCGAAGAUGAUGAUGGUAAAGCUGAAGAUGCUGAGCAGAAUAUGAAGGUCAAAGUUGAUGCAGAUUCAAGCAACCAUGGUACUGCUGAGGACAAUGCGAUAGCUAAUGGCGACGGCCAAGCCUAGGAUCCAAAGGUGGUGAGAGGGUUGUAGCCGAGGGUUGUAGAUGUAGGCUGUAGUAGUAGAGAGGUCCAGCUUAUGCUGUGUUCUUGUUUCGGCAGUAGUCACCACGUACUCCAGUAGGAUGUAGAGUCUGAGGUUUGGCUUCAAACUGCAUCAGUUUCGGAGAUUGUAGUGUAAAUUAUGCAGCAUGUAUAGAGCUUGGACAUGUAAUCCGGUAGGGUUGUUGUACGAACAAGAGUCUGUAUCAGCCAUGUUUAACUUGAUGAGUAUCGGUUCUGUAUAUUCAGUGUUCUUGAGUUUA